GCUAUACUGUUUCCUCUGUCAUUGUAGGCAUGACUGUUCAGAGCAGAGGAGCUGGUUUGGCUACAUUAUCUUCCCUUUUCAUAGCAGUACAGCACUGAGAGCAGGAAUGCAACAUGGGUUAUGCAAGAGCAUUCAGUUUGUGAUUACAAACUCCUUUCUCUCUCUUACAAACAUGAAAACUCUGCAGGAAACAGCAAAUACUCACGUAUAACAGUAGCCUAAAACGGUUCUGAAAAGAAUUCAACUGCCACUCCAGCGUCUUGGACUACGGAACUCUCAAAAAGUAGACGUAAACAUGGACAGUAAAGGAUCAGAGAAGGAGACCGAAGCACCGAAAAAGUCUCCAUUCGAUUUGAUCUUCGGCCAGAUACAAAGAAAAAAGUCAGACAAAGGAAAAAGCAGUAUAUUCCAGGUGAAGAGCUUAUUCAGAGCAUUUGAUAAAGAUGUAGCAAAGACAGAUAAUGAGAAGAAUGAAAAGGAACUUGACCACAAGCCUAAAUCUGAAGAUCAAAAGUCAGACAAUGUGGAUUCUGGUCCUACAGAAGAAGAGGAUUCAGACAGCACUGGAUGGUUAAAAGUGACACAUUUUAUGGAAAAGUUUGGGAAGAAAGCAGAUAUUCACUAUAUAAACCUUAAUAACUGUGAACUGACAGUUGUUGACAUAAAAGAGCUUGGUUCACUAAUGCCAUUUCUCUUAGACGUUGAAGAAAUUGAUCUUUCUUGGAAUGAUUUGAUUGGUGGGUCUUUAAAAUUGGUGACUCCACACUUUAAUCAUGUAAGCAGACUAAGGAUACUCAAUUUAAGCAACUGUGGUCUCACCAGUGACGAUACUGCUGCUUUAGGUGAAUCGCUCCAGUACAUACCCAAAUUGCAAAUUCUUGAUUUGUCAUGGAACAAUAACUUAGGAGGGACUCUGUCUAGACUAUCACAGAAUUUAGUAGAUCAUGGAGAAUUAAAGUGUUUGAGUUUAACAGAGUGUAGCCUUACAGCAGAAGAUAUUCAAUCAUUGGCCCCUGUUAUUGGAAAAAUGUCAAGGCUGGAAAUUUUGGACCUUUCGGAGAACAAAGAAGUUGGAAGUAAAAUCAAAAAUCUUACUGAAGAGCUCAAACACUGCUCUUGCUUGAGUGUGUUAAAACUGCGUUCUACUGGUUUGCAUCGGGACAGUGUACAGUAUCUGAGUUCUGCAUUCCAGUAUUGGCCAUAUUUAAGGAAGUUGGACCUUUCCUGCAAUAAGGCAGCUGGAGGAGGAUUCAGAGAAUCAGCAGCUCAUCUAACCUCCUUCAAACAGUUGCAACUACUUGAUAUUCACCAGUGCUCUCUAUCUGAAGACGAUGUUGCUGCACUAACCCAGGUCAUACCUCUGCUGUCCAAUCUUCAAGUGCUGGACAUAUCUUCAAAUAAAACAGUAGGACUUUCUCCAGAGCACCUCUUCAGCCGAUUGCGGUUUCUGCCAAAGCUGAAAUCUGUUAAUGUCAGCAACUGCAUGUUGAAGAAGGAAUCCUUUGCAGGAUUAGCUGAAGCUACACGUUAUCUAACAGACCUGCAAAUGUUGGACCUAUCCUGGAAUAAGUGUGUUGGAGGAAAUCUAAAACUCCUUACAGGAACUCUGAGCAAUGCAAAUUUUCUCCAAAGCCUACUACUGAGCAGCUGCAACCUGAUUACACAGGACCUGGCAGCUUUAGGAUCGGCAGCACAAGCCGGUCAUCUGGACAGCUUACAGCAGCUGGACCUUGCCUACAAUGACACUGUACCUGAUGAAGCCUGGUCCUUAUUGUUUGAAAGUAUCCCUGCUCUGAAGAACAUAACUGAACUAGAUAUUAGCCUAAGGCCAGCAUCUGUCCGUGCCUGUGGUCCAUGGUUCAUUCACUUAAUAUCCAACAUACCUAAGCUGCCUAUGAUGAAAGAACUGGGUAUACAGCGCUGGACUCUAUCAACAGCAGAACAGCAGCAACUCAACAGAAUCUGCAAGGAAAAGAACAUCAGUAUACACUAUGACUGAUUUAAUAGCUGAACUUUCUCCAUGUUUUUCCUCUGGGAUGGAAGGGAGAUGGAUAAAACACUGUGUGCACUCCACCUGCUUGCAUUCUUACUAUAGCUAGUUCACGGUUACAUAAUACUGAGACACCAUACAUAAUUUUGCUGACAUGUAGUAAUUUGUGUAAGGCUACAAAAUAAUUGCACUUUAGUAAUUUGAUAAAUAUCACAGAUUUACAAUCGUUUUUUAUGCUGAAUUUAUUUAAAGCACAAUCUAUACUAUUUAGUGGACUGUUGGCUACAAUACAUUUUGUCUUUUACAUCCUGUGCAGAUUUUUUCAUGGUGAACACAAAAGCAAAUAAAUAUAGUAGCCUGAGA